GAGAGGGAGAGAGAUCUGGAGAGCAGAGACCCCAUAGAAUACACUGCCUCUUUCUGUAGCACGCUCAUACACACAGACUGGAACAGACUAAGGCAAAGAGAGAGAGAAAAACAGACGCACUACAAAAUACGCAACAAUAGCAGCUGUUGAAGCUCAAACCACCACAAGAGAUGGGGCCCGGAUUGUUUUGGAACUUCCCUUCAAAGGCUAACUGCACGGUGCCGCAGAGCCUGCUGCAGACCAUGUUGCUCUCCAGGAUGGCUGGGAUGAAGGAGCAGCAAUUUACGGAGGAGAAACCCCUACUACCGGAGCAGAGAGGACAAGAUACUGAGAUGAGAGACCAAGGGCGGUGUGUGAACGCACUCCCCUGCGCAAGCCCUGCGCCACUCACCGCCCCCUCUUCCUCAAGCCGCCCCCCACAACGGUGGCAUGUGAUCGCGCGGCACUGGCUCCACCAGACCCGCAAUCGGACCAGUGGGUGCAUCCCGGAGAACUGUGAGACCCUGAUGCCAAUUGGAGACUGGAAGGAACAUGACAUUGAGACUCCGUAUGGGAUGCUACACGUGGUUAUUCGUGGGGCCCCCAAAGGAAACAAGCCUGCCAUCCUCACCUACCAUGAUGUGGGGCUUAACCACAAGUUGUGCUUCAACAGCUUCUUCCACAACGAGGACAUGCAGGAGAUCACCAAGCACUUUGUGGUGUGUCAUGUGGAUGCUCCUGGACAGCAGAUUGGAGCCUCUCAGAUGCCACAGGGGUACCAGUACCCCACCAUGGACCAGCUGGCAGGCAUGCUGCCCAGUGUAGUGCAGCACUUUGGAUUCAAGAGCAUUGUGGGCAUUGGAGUUGGGGCUGGCGCUUACGUCCUGGCCAAAUUUGCUUUGAUCUUCCCUGAUCUGGUGGAGGGCCUGGUGCUGCUCAACAUCGACCCCAACGGGAAGGGCUGGAUCGACUGGGCCACUGGCAAGCUCUCUGGGCUCACCAGUGCUCUUCCAGACACAGUCCUGCCCCACCUCUUUAGCCAGGAGGAGCUGAUGAACAACACAGAGCUGGUCCAGAGUUACCGUCAACAGAUCAACAACACCGUCAACCAGGUCAACCUGCAGCUCUUCUGGAACAUGUACAACAGCCGUAGGGAUCUGGAGAUGAACCGCUCUGGGACCAUCAUCAAUGCCAAGACCCUGAAGUGCCCUGUCAUGCUUGUUGUUGGUGACAACGCUCCAGCUGAGGAGGGAGUGGUUGAAUGUAAUUCCAAACUUGACCCGACCAACACCACCUUCUUAAAGAUGGCUGACUCUGGUGGACUUCCUCAGCUCACACAGCCUGGAAAACUGUCUGAAGCAUUCAAGUACUUCCUUCAGGGGAUGGGCUACAUUGCGUAUGUGAAGGAUCGGAGGUUGAGUGGAGGGCCAGUGCCCUCUGCCAGUAUGACCCGUCUGGCACGCUCCCGAACGGCCUCACUGACCAGUGGCAGCUCCAUUGAGAGCUCUCGUAUCCGGGGUUUUACACACACUGACAGCAACGAGGGCCAGGUCAGCCACACCAUGGAGGUGUCCUGCUGAACCCUCAAACACACACACGUAGAUAAACAGACAGACAGAAUGGCGUUGGUUGGAGAGAGAUGAGUUUCUACUUUGAAAUUGUUAGUGCAGAUUGUUCUCUCUAUCUAUCUCUAUUUGUCUUUGUCCUAGUAUUAUCUUUCCCAAAGUCCCUCAGUAUUUGACUACUUUUGCCCCCCUCACUGUAAAAGGACACCAAUGUAUUACUCUCCCCUUAAACUUAAGAAAGUUUUGGUUUUCUUGAAUUGUCGUCUGUUUUGCUCAGUGUCUCCUCCCCCUUAAUUUUCUCCUGCACCCCCAGCCAGCCACCUGCGCCCGCCCUCCUCCACUCAGACCCAUAGGCUCAUCUUCCCCCUCCCACACUGGAUGCCGACAGUUUCUGUGAGGUGGUCAAUGAUGGUAGUUAAGUGGUUUGUGGUCAGUGAGGAUGGUUGGGUAACUGGGGAAAAGACAUACCUGACAUUAUGUAUUAGGUUGCUCUAUUCUUGCUCUUUGUCUGGGAAGUUCAAGAUUUGACAGAAAGCAGCACACAGCCUUAUAUUUCAGAGGGGGUUUAUAUCACAUUGUGGAGGAUGUGUCUGUGUGACAGCUACUAGAUCAGUAUUCCCACUCCACAUUCCAUGCAUGGCGUUAUCCCAUUGAUUGUCAUAAAGAAGCAUAAAUACAUGUAGAGUGAUUCUAUACCCAUGUAGCCCACGUGACUCCACUCACCUGCAUUGGUAGGAGCAUCCACCCUAUAGGCAGUGUGACCACGGUCAUUUCCAGCUCCCUAAGAUGGAAGUAGUUCUGCCGAGGAUCGGUUCUUAGUGGUCUCCCAAAUGACAAUCACACCUUGACCCAAACCAAACCAGACCUAGGAGCCGAGGCAGAACCUGUUAGAUCUGAGAUGUUCUUCUCUCAGGUCAGAUAUGCCAAAUCUACACACACACACACUAACCUACGACGGCUGGGCUCUGUAAGGGGACCGAUUGAAAUGAUAUCGGUACAGAAGCACAAAACAUGCACAAACUUACGCACACAUGCAAACACUGUCAAUGUGUCACAGUUCAUGUAUUGACAUACCCAUAUGCAUAGCUCACAUAGAGAACUAACAUCCCACAGACCUCUUUUUCCCUCCAUGAUAUUGAGCUGAAAUACUGGUCGUUGUUAAUGGAGAGGAGUGUGCUGCUAGCUGAUGUGAUGGACGACCCAUUGAGUUAAGUCCUAUGAGGAGGAGCUGUUGCCCCUGACAAUUUGCACAGUAAUGUCUUUCUACAUUCUAUUUGCAUUCCUUAUUCUCAGUUAAAACAUCUCCCUAUUCUCUAUUUGAAUGUCAAUCUCUGCAUCCCUGACAAGGGUGAGGUGGGAUAACUACUACUGCAGGGUGCUUCCUGGGACUGUCUGUAAGGGACGGGACUUUUUUGGGGCCCAUUGCUCAAAGCUAGGAAUGUAGGGAAAUCCCACCCCCAACCACAAGAUGCCCUGCCCCUUACAGAUACGUCCAGUCGCCCCAAAAGGGCUAUCAGCAGAGGUCACUUUUCAGUUCAUAGUGUUGCCUGGCAACAGUGCACCAACGUACAACGGUCCCCAAGGGGUACACAGCAAAGAUUUUAGGACAGAGAGAUGAAUUCAUGAAUGACUUCUGACAAAGAGUGAGGGAAAGGGAGAGAUUAUGUCUGGAUGAAUAAGAGGAAUUUUCAUUUGUAAAGAUGGAAAGAGUGUGAGAGAGCUGGAUCUACAAAAUGUCUUGAUAGGGGGACAAUACGGGGGGGGAUCGGGGGAAUAAUGUAAAGAGGGUAUGAGUGGGGCUUCUGGGAGAGGAUAUUGGCUCAGGUCAACAAACACUCCCUAAUACUCCUCCAAUCUGUUUGCAUGCACCUUAAUGUGUGAUAUUCAAGGCUGUGGUCAUGCAUUUUCUCUCCGUAAGACUACUGUUGCUGUCAACUCUUGAGCAGGCCUGAUUUUGACCCCUCCCUCAGUCUCAUGCAUACUGCCUGGUGGCCCCUGAAUGUAAUUGGUCAUAUUGAAGUGCUGUACAGUAUUGUCCAAGUGCCCCCUUCCACCCACCCACCACCAUUACCCACUAGUGCUUGUAGCUGCUUUCUCCCCUACCCUAACACCUACCCUACACUGUAUCCUAACUCCUACCCUACACUGUACCCUAACACCUACCCUACACUGUAUCCUAACUCCUACCCUACCCUACCUCCUACCCUACACUGUACCCUAACACCUACCCUACACUGUAUCCUAACUCCUACCCUACCCUACACUGUACCCUAACUACUCCCCUACAUUGUACCCUAACCCCUACCCUACACUGUACCCUAACUCCUACCCUAACUCCCACCCUACCCUACAUUGUACCCUAAUUCCUACCCUACAUUGUACCCUAACUCCUACCCUACCCUACAUUGUACCCUAAUUCCUACCCUACAUUGUUCCCUAACUUCUACCCUACCCUACAUUGUUCUCUAACUCCUACCCUAAUUCAUACCCUACAUUGUACCCUAACUCCUACCCUACAUUGUACCCUAACUCCUACCCUGCAUUGUACCCUAACUCCUACCCUAACUAGUCCAAGAACCCAAGUCCUUCCAGGUCCUCCUUGCUCUGUAGAUAGAGCAGGUCAACUGAAAGAGCACUCCAACACUCAACACUAUUGUAUUGUGACAAACAGCAUUUGGUUCCUCUUUCCUAGAGUUCCCCUUUUUACAUAACAAUAUAAUUAAGUUUUCUGUGGUGUAUUGGUUCUCGUGUAUUAUUAUUAUUACUACAGUAUUAUUGAUUGAUUUAUAUUGAGCAAUAAGUUGUUUUUUGACUGUAUGGUUUCAUGAGAGUCUCCCCAACAUUGUUUCUGUUCACAGAGAAGGUAGGAUUGACUCUUACCUGCUUAGUCAUAAAAUGUGUAAUGUAAAGUUUAAAUAUACAUACAGUAUAUAUACCGUAAGCUUUCUCUGUCCAAGCAUUGAACAUGUAAAGACAAAGAAAUAAAGACUUUAUGUCAGCAUGGA